AUGUUGCUAAGAAGUGGCGCCGAUCCAAACUUAGCCAUCGAGGCGGACGGAUCGACGCCUUUGCACGUCAUCUGCCGGCGCGACUUUCGCGAUUCUCGAGACCUGGUGAAGUUGUUCGUCGAGACCAGCGAGGACGAAUUGAAUCGAGAGGUGCAGAUAGACGCCCGGGAUAAGUCGGGCAAGACCCCGUUGCAUGUGGCUCUGGAGCGCGACCUUCAAGCGGUGGCCGAAUCGCUGCUGAGGAACGGCGCCAACCCGAAUGUGCCCGACGCGGAAGGAAUGACACCUCUGCACAUUUAUUGCGCGAGACGCGUCGACGCGUUUCACUCGAUGGAGGCAUUUUUGGCCAUCAACGACAAAAUGUAUGAGGACGUCCAGCUCGACGCGCGAAACAAUCUGGGAUACACAUCGUUGCUCUUGGCUAUCGAGCGCAGGCACCACCAAGCGGCUCUUAUACUGCUGAGGAGAGGCGCUGAUCCGAACAUAGCCAACGACGACGGAGUGACGCCGCUGCACUUAAUCUGCGAAAAAGUCUUCGGCGACGCAAGUUUGCGAAUCGAACUCAGCGAACGUUACCCGUUACAGAUCGACGCCCGGGACAAGUGGGGCAACACACCCCUGCACCGUGCCGUUGAAUACGGCAAUAUCGUUAUGGUCGAAUUUUUGCUGAGAAGACGCGCUGAUCCGAACAUAGCCAACGACGACGGAGUGACGCCGCUGCACUUAAUCUGCGAAAAAGUCUUCGGCGACGCAAGUUUGCGAAUCGAACUCAGCGAACGUUACCCGUUACAGAUCGACGCCCGGGACAAGUGGGGCAACACACCCCUGCACCGUGCCGUUGAAUACGGCAAUAUCGUUAUGGUCGAAUUUUUGCUGAGAAGACGCGCUGAUCCGAACAUAGCCAACGACGACGGAGUGACGCCGCUGCACUUAAUCUGCGAAAAAGUCUUCGGCGACGCAAGUUUGCGAAUCGAACUCAGCGAACGUUACCCGUUACAGAUCGACGCCCGGGACAAGUGGGGCAACACACCCCUGCACCGUGCCGUUGAAUACGGCAAUAUCGUUAUGGUCGAAUUUUUGCUGAGAAGACGCGCUGAUCCGAACAUAGCCAACGACGACGGAGUGACGCCGCUGCACUUAAUCUGCGAAAAAGUCUUCGGCGACGCAAGUUUGCGAAUCGAACUCAGCGAACGUUACCCGUUACAGAUCGACGCCCGGGACAAGUGGGGCAACACACCCCUGCACCGUGCCGUUGAAUACGGCAAUAUCGUUAUGGUCGAAUUUUUGCUGAGAAGACGCGCUGAUCCGAACAUAGCCAACGACGACGGAGUGACGCCGCUGCACUUAAUCUGCGAAAAAGUCUUCGGCGACGCAAGUUUGCGAAUCGAACUCAGCGAACGUUACCCGUUACAGAUCGACGCCCGGGACAAGUGGGGCAACACACCCCUGCACCGUGCCGUUGAAUACGGCAAUAUCGUUAUGGUCGAAUUUUUGCUGAGAAGACGCGCUGAUCCGAACAUAGCCAACGACGACGGAGUGACGCCGCUGCACUUAAUCUGCGAAAAAGUCUUCGGCGACGCAAGUUUGCGAAUCGAACUCAGCGAACGUUACCCGUUACAGAUCGACGCCCGGGACAAGUGGGGCAACACACCCCUGCACCGUGCCGUUGAAUACGGCAAUAUCGUUAUGGUCGAAUUUUUGCUGAGAAGACGCGCUGAUCCGAACAUAGCCAACGACGACGGAGUGACGCCGCUGCACUUAAUCUGCGAAAAAGUCUUCGGCGACGCAAGUUUGCGAAUCGAACUCAGCGAACGUUACCCGUUACAGAUCGACGCCCGGGACAAGUGGGGCAACACACCCCUGCACCGUGCCGUUGAAUACGGCAAUAUCGUUAUGGUCGAAUUUUUGCUGAGAAGACGCGCUGAUCCGAACAUAGCCAACGACGACGGAGUGACGCCGCUGCACUUAAUCUGCGAAAAAGUCUUCGGCGACGCAAGUUUGCGAAUCGAACUCAGCGAACGUUACCCGUUACAGAUCGACGCCCGGGACAAGUGGGGCAACACACCCCUGCACCGUGCCGUUGAAUACGACGAUGAACAAUUUUUAAUCGACAAGAAAGAUGCCUUAGUUACCGAGUAUGAAAGAAGAAAUGAGCUAGAAAAUAUCAAAACUCCAAGUAUUGAAGAAGAUGUUUGA